AUGAGCAGCGAGAGGAAGCAGGAGAUCACGGAAGUGCUGAAGAAGGGCCGCUACUCGCUGGACUCCCUGCCACAGCUGAAGGCCUACCUUCAGGAGCAGAUCGACCAGCGCUCCUACGAUUUCGAGGCCAACCUCGCCCUCCUCAAGAUCUUCCAGUUCAAUCCUUCCCACAUCGACAUCGAUGUCGUGCAGAAGGUCUUGAUCAAGGCACUCAUGAAUCUGCCCCACAUGGACUUCCCCCUCAGCCUCUACGUUCUCCCCGAGGCCGCGCACCAAAAUGAAGGCGUUGCCGCUCUGAAGAAGGUGUCCAACCUGCUCGAGACGGCCCAGUUCACCGGCUUCUGGACGCUGUUCGAGGAGGACAGCGCCACUUCUGUUCUGCUCAAGAACUUCCCCGGCUUCCGCGAGGCCAUCCAAAGCUUUGCCGUGAGCGUGUUGACGGUGGCGUACCAGAGUGUGCCCGUGGACGUGCUGGCGUCGGCCGUGCAUUUGAACGGAGCCGCGCUCGACGAGUUCGUGGCCAAGCAGGAGGGGUGGAAGACCGAGGACGACCUCGUCACGCUACCCGUGACCGAGCUCAACCAGGCCAGGCAAAUCAAGACCACCGAGCAGCUCGACCGCAAGAAGGUAGCCAACAUCUUCUCUGUUUUGACCAAGUAA